AUGGAAAACCUCAGGGGCAGAGUAGUUUUCGUUGCCGGUGGCUCGACCGGACUUGGCAAGGCUAUCGCCAUAAGCUUGGCUGCCAGAGGAGCCGAUGUCACCGUCUUUGCUCGGAGGCAGGUAGAGCUCGACAAGGCACGCGUCGAGAUCAUCGAAGCCACCAUCUUUCCGGACCAAGAGAUCCGCGCUGUAUCACUGGACUUAUCAGAUGCAUCCCAAUGCGAGCGCAUUUUUGAAGCCCAACCGCGACUCCCCGACGCCCUAUACUGCGUCGCUGGUGGCUGCGUCUCCGAGCUGGGUUUCUUCACUGACGUUCCCGCUGCGGCUAUUGACAGCUGUAUGAGAAAGAAUUACCUCACCAGCGCAUAUCCGUCCCACGCACUGCUCCGGCUUUGGACGCGUGACGACCGCCGUCAGAAUACUUCCUCAUUAGCGGCGACUACAGUGCCAAAGCCGAAUCCGAAGCUGCGGCAAAUUAUUUUCAUCAGCAGUGCUGCCGCAUUCGCAAACGUUCCUGGCUAUGUAGCGUACACACCCGCAAAAUGCGCUCAGCGCGCUCUCGCGGACACGCUCCGACAAGAGACAGCCAUCUACUCGAACGCGGCUUCCCAGUACACGAUACACUGCGCCUUUCCAGGAACGGUACUCACCGACACAUUCUUCGAGGAACAGAAGAACAAGCCGACAAUUACCAAGCGGAUGGAGUCGACCGACGGCGCUGAGGACAAGCUAAGAGCCAAAUACCCGUCGGCCCACGACGUAGCCGAGGCCAUCGUGCAUGGCACCGCGGAUCGACAGGGAGGAGGUGAUUUUUGCAUUUGCACUGACUUCGACACUUCCGUAUUAUGGAGCAGCAUGAUCGGGCCUAGUCCCAAGAGAGGCUGGGGCAUGUUGGAUUCGUGUCUGGGGUUUAUCUCGAGCUUCUUCGUGUGGCCCAUCUUGUGGAGGUCAUGGAAAGCUAUGUGUACCGAAGUCGGUAUAUCUAGAGAAAAAGGAGAAAGCUCUAGUGAAAGUUCGGACAUUUAG